UGUUGCUCCAUUCUGCUCCCGCGACCCAAGCGGAAGUGUUUCGAUGCUGCUAGCGGUUUAGUGCCGGAGGAAACGUUUAGCCGAAGAAAUCGCGACCACCCUUUUUUCACAGGUCUGAAAUGUGAACGAAAAAUCACGAUGAAACUGUACGCAAAGAAGAAAAUUCCGCUCACAUGGAACAUGAACCCGAUGGACCCCUGGGGUACGUUCAGGAAUGUUCGCUCAUCGGAAAGUCCCCGUAGCUUUUCUGCAGAACCCACAGGGGAGACGUUCGUGCAAUCCGUGGUUUCGGAGCAGAAACAAGACACUCCCUACGAUGUAAUCUAUUCGUCCAUUAUUGUCGCCGCCUGUGUCCUCAUAUUCCUCAUCAUUGCAACGCUGCUCUUCAUAAAGGGUCGUAGAAGCAAGAACGAAGAGAAAUCCGGAUCAAUUCUCGUUUACCCAUCGAGUCAAGGAAAUGCCUCGCAUUUUCUGACAAAGGAGAUUCACUUCAGUCUUCCUCCCCUGAGGAGCUCGUCAAUGGGAAACCUAAACGAGCCUAUUGUUGAGGAUUCAGAUGUGGAUACUGAAUGCCUACUGAUACCCACCACGCAUAACCAACGAUCAAAUUCAUUCAGUUGCUAUGGUUUGGGCGUUAUCGAACCAUCGCUGUACAAAAGUACUUUAGAUCUGGACGAAAUACAGUGGCCUGAAGGACAUAUAGGACGUCUGUGGUUUUCCCUACGCUAUGAACCAUCAACGGAAAAACUGCUCGUAUCUCUUUUGAAGGCUAAGAAUCUGCCAUCUCGUACUGUUGGCACAGUAAAUAGUUGCGAUCCUUUCGUGAGGCUCCACCUUUUGCCGGAUGAAAGAAGGUAUUUGCAAUCCAAACAGAAGAAAAAGACUUGCAAUCCGUAUUUCGAUGAAACCCUUGUAUUUCAGGUAUCAUCCAAAGAAAUGAUGGACCGAAUACUAAAACUAACGGUCAUUGACGGUGGGAGAGCGAAAAAGAAAUGUGAAAUCGGACACAUCACCUACCCCCUCAAGGACCUCGAUUUUGGAGAUGGUUCGGAGCAGCAACUCUUCAAAAUCGAUCUGGAGAAGGAACCACAUGAAAUAAAAUCCGACCUUGGUGAGCUGCUCAUUUCUCUUGUAUACAAUGAAAACCUGAAUCGAUUAUCAGCAACAGUUAUAGAAGCUCGAAGAUUGAAGUUUCAGGGUGACAAACACGAAGCCUACGUAAGGGUGACUUUAAAUCAGCACUAUAGAGGCGUCAAAGAAAAAAGGACCAGAAUCGCCAGACCAUCCAGGGAUGGAGAAGUAACAUUUACAGAGGGCUUCAACUUCAAAUUGGCCCCAAAUCAAGUGGACAUCAGCAGCCUAGCGUUUCAUGUCUUUCAGGCAACUUCUGGUUAUGGUAGGGAUAAGCUGAUUGGAAAAUGCGUAUUGGGAUCCUAUAUGUUCGCAAGGGGUAAAGCUCUGGACCAAUGGAAUAUUGCUAUCUCUAAUCCUAUGGAACAGCGACAAGAGUGGCAUAUACUAUGUGAAUGAAACCCCUUCAGGGACCAGAUAGAGCAUGUUCAUUAGUUUAUCAAAGUAAAAGAUCCUAUGUUCUUCACGGACCAACAGAUAAAUAGCAAUUGAGAUUGAUCAAAUAUCAACAUUAUGCAGUUUUACCCACAUGAAAAUUUUCAGCUUAUUUUUACAUUUUCAGUAGGGUAAUGAUCUCCACGAGAAUAAUUUUAUUUUCAUUUUAUGAAAAGUUAGGUGAAACUCAAUAUAGAAUAUUGAAUAUAUUUUCGUAUCACUCCUGAAUAGUUAUGACAUUCGUCAACAAUUAUUUGGUUUAUUCAUUGAAUAAGCCUCAUUUAAAUUCGAGCAAGUUUUCGUUUGAUAAUUUAUAUGUGAAUGGAUUCCUCCAAUAAAACUGUUUACAUCUUUUGCUGACAUAUAAAUGUUGAAAAAAAAUGGGACAUUCGAAAGAGUAAAGGAUUGCUCAAUU